AUGGUGCAGCUCGGGGGCGGCCGCGGAGCCCCACAGCCUCUCCUAGCCCCAACGUCGGCCUUCAGCAUCGACAGCAUCCUGCAGCCCGGUCCUCUCUGCCAGGGCCGGGAGCAGGGUAGGUCCCGCUGCGUGCUGCCGGAGGACGAAGAGGGAGAGGAGGAAGAAGAGGGGCCUGCGGAGGACCACCCCAGUAAAGGCUCCAGCGACUCGGGCAGCGAGCGGCUGCGGGCGGAAGGGCCGCGCCGUGCGGAUGCCGAGGCUGAAGGCGCGGUUUCACCGCUCUCCACGGAAAGGUUCCGCGGAUGCCGGCAGCCGUCGCCGCGGGAUUCUGGGGGCUGCAGCAGGGAGAGCGGCAGAUGUUCAGCGGCGGGAGGCAAGAAGAAGACGCGGACCAUCUUCUCCAAGAGCCAGGUCUUCCAGCUGGAGUCCACCUUCGAUGUGAAGCGCUACCUGAGCAGCGCCGAACGAGCUGGCCUGGCCGCCGCGCUGCACCUCACCGAGACGCAGGUGAAGAUCUGGUUCCAGAACCGCCGCAACAAGCUCAAGAGACAGCUGUCGGCCGAGCCCGAGGGUCCGGGCCAAGCAGAGCCCCCAGGGGAGCCCCCGCCGCCUCCCACCGCCUCUUUCUCCUUCCCGGCCCUAUACAAGGACAGCGCUCUGCUCAGCCGCUGCCUGCUGCCGCUCCCCUUCCCUCUGUUCUACCCGGGCAGCGCCAUCCCCUACCUCUGCCUUCCCGGCCCGGUUAAGCACUUCAGCCUGCUGGAGGGGGAUGUAUAG